CCGGUCGACACGAUGAAGACCCUCUUCAUCUCACUCGCCCUAUGCGCCGUGGUUGCUGCUGCACCUCGUGAAAAACGAGAAGCUAUCUUGAGCGGUCACGGAUUUUAUGGGGGUGGUCAUGGAGCUUAUGGGGGUGGUCAUGGAGCUUAUGGGGGUGGCCAUGGAGCUUAUGGGAGCCACGGAGCUUAUGGCGCUUAUGGGGCUUACGGAGGUAUAGCGGGCGGAGGUAUAGCGGGCGGAGGUAUAGCGGGUUAUGGCGGACACGGAGUUGCUAUUGCUGGACCAUUGCUGGGAGCGACGAGCGUCGUGGGUCCACACGUAGGUGCUACCGCCGUUUCCGCUCCGUCAAUAGGUCCGGCUCGAUUAUCCGGAUCGAUUGCUGGUCCUGCUCAUGUAUCAGGCGCCGUGGCUGGUCCAGCUGUUGUGACCCCGUCAGUCGCUGGUCCUGCGCACGUGGGAGGCGGAUACGGUGGAUACGGUGGAUACGGUGGCGCGUUCGAUGGUGCCUAUGGUGGAGGUGAUCAUGUCGCCGCAGGAGGUUACGGAGGAUAUGCAGCUGGUCCUGCUUACGGUUACGCAGGAUACGCCGGUGGUCACGGAGGGCACGGAGGGCACGGAGUGGUUGUAGCCGGACCGGCCAGCCAUGGUGUGGUCCUAGCCGGACCUCAUUCCGGAAGCGCGGCUGUUUCUGGACCGCACGCUGGUUCGGUGGUGAUUGCCGGUCCUUCCGGUAAGAUUACAGCUCACGGAAGUGGUUACGGUGCUGGCAUCCAUGCCGGACUCGGCCAUGGCCACGGCCACUGGUAAACGCGCGUCAAACAAACGUCCCUGUGAAACGCAAAAAAAAGAAGAAGAAAACGAGCAAAAAGACCGCCCUCCCGAAUCUCACAUCGUCGCGCCAAAAAUAGAAAAUCGUCCCCUCGAUACCUUUUUCAAAGGGAAGCCUAAACUAUAAAUAUUUAAAGUUGCUAUGUAUAACACGACGUCGUUCGUCGCGCUUAAUAUUUUUUCAUGGAUACUUAUGUCUUCUGUGUGUAUGAAUGGAAUAAAUUCGCUUUCUUCUUUGAAAGGAGGCAUUUGUA